AUGCUAACUCCAACAGAUUACUACAAUAUAUCCGCUGAUAUUUCAUUCCAUGUAUUUUUCAUAACUUUAUUCACAAAUCUAGUUCUAAUUUAUAUGACAAUUUAUAAAAUCAAACGAAUUGUUGGAGCUUAUAAAACAUGUAUUAUAAUAGCCUCAUUUCUCGGAAUUUGUUUUCAACUUUCUGAUAUUUCUUGUCAUCCAUUUUUUCAUUCUUACAAUCAAAGUUUUAUUUAUUUCACUUUAUCCACAUGGACUUCCAAAUAUAUUUCCGAAUUAUUGUUGUUAGUUUAUUGUGUUUGUUAUUCUUCUGUUAUAUCAUUUAUGGCUGUUCAGUUUUUGUAUCGAUAUUGGAUUAUGACUGGGUAAUUUUGGAAGACUUUUAGAUGUUGAAAAGCUUAUUGCAUGUGUUUUUUUCGCCCCAAUAUUUACCUAGGAUUACUGUAGCUUUAACUUGAUUAAAUUUCGUUCGAAAAAUCUCGUGAUGAUUUUUUGUCCCAAAUUUAAUGAGAAAAUGAGAUAAUUAAAAUGACGUUUUUUUCGCUGUGCAAAAAAUGGAUUUUUGGACGUAUUGAACUUUUAUUUGAAAAAAAAAUUAGGGAACUUGAAAUACACGUUGUUAAUGCUGCGACAAAUGCUGCCACAAUUGCGGUUCUUUUCCCGAGACGUCACAAUGUUAAUGUAGUGUUUAUGUAAAAAAAAUGGUUUUGAGAUCAUAAAAAAUAAUCACGAAUCACAAAAUUAAUUAGAUUCUUUGUAGUCAAUGUCUGAGAAUGUUUCGAAAUAAAAUUCGGGGAAAUGUGACGCAGAAAAUCCACGUCAAGAAAAUUUCAAAAAAAAAUUAAUUUCCCAAGUGCCACGUCAUAAUCCUCUUCAAAAAUGCUCAGAUCUCGAAGUGUCAAAUAUUUUGAUGGCUGGAAAAUUCUAUAUAGUCAAGCAUAUAUAUUUCUAAUUGGCACAAUUUAUUCUUCCUCAAUUUAUAUUUUGGGACCAUUUGAUGAUGAAUCUCGAAGAUAUUUGAGAGCCGAAGUCAUGAGAAAUUAUAAUUUGACUGUGGAAAGUAUUGCGGGUUUUGUUGUUGUGGCUGUGGUAAGUUUUGAGAAGAGAGGGAUUAAAGAUUAGUCGUUUUGAAAUUUUUAUUUCAGGAAGACCACGAGGAAAGUACUUUGAGAGAAAGAGGUGAAGCAUGUAUGUCAACAUUAAUUAUAUUAAUUUCAAUUCAAUAUAUGAUUAUGAUUUAUGCUGGAACACAAAUGCAUCUGAAAUUGAAAACACAAAUUAGCACGAUUUCAACAUCUGAUCGAAGUUUGCAGAAACAACUUUUCAAAGCUCUCGUUAUUCAGGUGAGAAAAUUGUUUAAUUAGGUACAAAUUAAUUUUCCGUUCAUUUUCUAAUCAAAAAAUUAAUUUCAGGUUUUAUCCCCAUCCCUCCUUUGCUGUGUUCCAAUUAUUCCAAUUCUAGUUGGCCCAUAUAUUUUCACAAAAAUCUCAUUUCCAACCGGAAUAUUCGUUUCGCCUUUCACCAUUUUUCCAUCUUUGGAUAGUGUGAUUCUGAUGACUGUUGUUACCGAAUAUCGAGAAUGUUUUAGAAGUUUGUUGGAAUUUUCAGAGAAAAGUAACUAGAAAAGUUAACUUUUCAGAAAUGUUGAGCAAGAAUUCGGAUUCGACUUAUGAGAUUAGUGGCAGAACCACAAAGACGGCGAUUUCGAGGAUAUAA